UUGUUGAUUGUUUCAAAAUGCCUCCGCAAACUAAGGACGAAGAAAUUUCCCAAAGGGAAGUCGAAAUUCCUGACUGGGUGAAGCCGGAAGCAUUCCAGGAUCUGCUCAAAAGCGAGGUCAAGGAUUACAAGGAAACAAAAGCCUUGAGAGCAAAAGCAGGAGUCGCUGCUGGUGAAAAUUAUGCAACCAUAAUGCUGAGAUUGGAAUUGGAUGUGGAGACAAAAGACAAUUCACAAGUCACUAAGGCAUUCAUGCUUAAAACACCUUACCAAUCAGAAGCCUAUCGGAAACUCCUUGAGAAGACGGAUAUCUUUGAUGUAGAGCGUGGAAUGUAUCUGGAAGUUGUCCCGGAAUUGGAACAGCUAUAUCGCGAUGUGGGUCUGGAGGUGAAGUUCGGGGCAGAGGCCUACGAGAUCAAGGCCAGCAAUUACUAUGUCCUUUUGGAGGACCUGAAACCCCGAGGCUUCAAAAACGUAGAUCGCCUUAAAGGCUUGGAUCAGGCCCAUGCCGAAAAUGUCCUGAUAAAGCUCGCCCAAUGGCACGCGGCAUCUGCAGUUCGUGUGGAUCUCAAAGGACCUUACGAUGAGAAGUAUAGACAUGGUUUCUUCAAAUCCGAAGAAAUCAUAGAUGCUUUCUGCAAUAGAAGUGCCAAAAAUUUGCUGAAAUAUAUUGAUCAGUACAAAGGACAUGAGGCAUACCUAAAGGAUUUGGAAAUUAUCUCAGAAAAGUUAACUGAAGCAGUCCACGAUUUAAAGGAGCCCAAAUUGGACGAGUUUAAUGCCCUGAACCACGGUGAUGGUUGGUCCAACAACAUUAUGUUCCAGUACAACGACAGGAACGAGAUAUCAGAUACUUAUUUCGUUGACCUCCAAAUUCCCAAAUGGGGGUCAGUGGCCCAGGAUUUGUACUACUUCCUAAUUUCGUCCACUGCCUUGGACAUCAAAGCAACGAAAUUUGAUUACUUUAUUUGGUUCUACCACUCACACUUGGUUAAAUACCUGAAACUUCUUAAUUCCUCAAAGCCAUUGCCUACAUUAAGGAGCCUUCGAGAAACCCUUAACAAAUACAGUGGAUGGGCCUUCAGCUGCUCUGUGGCCGUAAUGGGAUUCGUUUUGCUGGACCCAAGGGACGAUGCUGAUUUUGAUAAGAUCGUGAAAGAAGACUCCAACUUUACCAAAUCCAUUUUCACCAACCCCAGAUACAUAAAGCAUAUGGAAGUCCUAUUGCCAUGGCUUCAAAAAAUCGGGGCCCUUGAGUAAAGUUCUAAAAUUGUACAAACUAUUUUAUAACAUUUCCCAGUUAUGCAUUCACGUCCUCAUCUAAAAGCUAUGUAAAUAAAUUUUAAUUGUUGGAUCUAAAAGCUUA